ACAUUAUUCAUAUUUCACCUUUGGGCAUUUUUGAACAAUAGUAUUGAUACUCAAAUCAUCUUAAUUAUCAAAAUUAUCAAUGUCUGUCAUUUUAUGAGUAGUUUAUAGCAUUUGCCUUAAAUAUUGGGGUUUAACAGUUAUUUGUCAGUGUAGUAUUGUUGGUGUUAUUCAGCCAACUAGGCUCAACAACUUCAGGAGAAAAUUGACAAGAGAAUUGAAUAGUCGUCCGAUCACUUUCAGACUCGUAGAAAUAUCAUACGAAUAUAAUAAAUUGUGUAAUUUGUUUAAAUUUGUCGGGAAAAUUGUAUUGCUUGAAAGAUGGACAUUUCUCAAUUCCAUAAUAUGACUGCUAAAUAUGGAGAAAGGAUUAUUGAUAUGGUUGGAACAAUAUUUACAACAUACAAACUUUUCGGAAAAAAAUUGCUGAAAACAAGUCGUCUUGUUGCUUCCACACAAGUUUUGACCAAUAGUGCCAUUCCAACCGAUGAUUGUGAUGUUGUUGUGGCAUUUCCCUCAGAACCAGACACUAAUGUCCUCAUGUGGUUACUGGACAAACUAAGGGAGAGAACUCCAGAUAUCAUUGUACAUGUAAGACAUCACAGCAACACAAAGGGACCAGUUCUUCAUUUGACAGCUACACAUCAGAGUCUUUUGAAAGUUGCUGAGGAACUAGGGAUCAGGAAGCCACUGAAAGAAGAAUAUGGAGGUGGAAUGAAGGAAUUUAACUAUGAGGACCAUGAAUGUUUUUCUGGAGUCAGUGAUUCUGAGUUCUUUAGUAGUCAGGAAAGGCAGAGCAUCAUACAUUACAUGUUAAAUAAUUUGAGAGCCAAUGAAGGAGAAAAACUGGGAAACAUAACAUUUCUAGAAGGGCAGUCUAUCAUUCCACUUUUAGAAACAGAGCUAAUCAUAUCACAAGUCUUCCCACUUCAUAGUACAGAUGAUUUGAUGGAAUUAAGAGAAACAUGGAUGCAGAAAUUCUUCAGCAAGCAACCUCUUGAUAAGAUAUGUAAUUAUUUUGGAGUAAAGAUAGCGAUGUACUUUGCCUACCUUGGACAUUACACUGUAGCAUUGUGUCUACCAGCACUUAUUGGAUUUCUAAUCUGGUUCAUUCAAGGGGAAGAUGAGGGAGCAGAUGACUUGGAUUUAUUGAUAUUUGCCUUAUUUAAUGCUAUAUGGGCUACAUUGUACUUAGAACACUGGAAAAGGAGAAGUUCUAAGCUGGCUUAUGAGUGGGGAACAUUAGAUAAAAAGGAUGAGUUGUUAGAAGAUCCAAGACCAUUGUUCACAGGAGACCUCAGAGAAAGUCCAGUAACGGGCAGACUAGAACCAUAUUACCCUCAGUGGAAGAGGAAUUUAUUUCGCUAUUUUGUAUCUCUGCCUGUGGUCCUUCUCUGUUUAUUGGUUGUCUUUGUGGUCAUGUUGCUGAUCUUCCAGUUCCAGGAAUGGAUCAACAGAAAAGUAGCAGUAGACAGUUACCCAGGAUUCCUCACUUUUGUUCCUAAGAUUCUAUUGGCUAUAUGUAUAGGAAUAUCUGAUGAGAUCUACAAGAAGAUUGCCUUCUUGUUAAAUGAUAUGGAAAACUACAGAAUGGAUGAAGCAUAUGAAAAUCAUCUCAUCACAAAAUUAGCAACAUUUCAGUUUGUGAAUUCUUUUCUGUCACUGUUUUACAUUGCCUUUUACUUACAAGACAUGGACAGACUCAGAGAUCAAUUAGCAGCUAUUUUGAUAACAAGACAGAUAUUGGGUAACAUCAAAGAAGCUCUGUUACCAUAUCUACAAUGGCAAGCCAGACUUUGUAAAGUUGGUUAUGAAAUGGUCAGUAAACUGUCUCCUAGUGAUUCUUCCAAGGGAGACAAUUGUCAAGAUGAGCCCUCAGAAGGAUCAGAAAUAAGGAAAAGGACUGUCAUCUUUCAGGAUAGUUCAAAGGAAGAAAAUACAGAGAUCCCAAAACGAAAACCAGGAGAUAGAAGACAUAGUAUCUAUGUUAAAAGAAGUUUAAAAUUAACUCAGGCUGAAGUUGAAAGUGAAAUGAAAAAGUAUGAAGACACAUUAGAAGACCAUUUAGAGAUGUUGAUACAGUUUGGAUAUGUGACAUUAUUUUCCUCAGCGUUUCCAUUGGCAGCAUUGUGUGCUUUGUUAAACAAUAUCAUAGAAAUCCGUAGUGAUGCAUUUAAACUUUGUAUGCAUCAUCAGAGACCAUUUGGCAAGAGUGUAGAGAGUAUUGGUACUUGGCAGGAUGCUUUGGAACUAAUGGGAAUACUAGCUGUUGGUGUAAACUGUGCUCUGAUUGGUGUAAGUGGACAAAUCAGCCGUCUGCUUCCUGUGACAGAACUGUCAACAACUAUAAUUAUCAUUGUUGUUUUAGAGCAUGUCAUAUUAGCUUUAAAAUUAUUAAUAGCCUAUGCCAUUCCGGAUGUACCAGAAGCCAUUGCUACCAAAAAAGCUAAAUUAGAAUUUCUCCGAAGAGAAGCACUAAAGAAAUUAGAAUCUCAAACUUCCAACAGUGGUUCUGGAAUAGUGCACAGUUUACCAAGACAAAUAUCCAAAAAUAAUAUUACUCCGCUUGGAAGUAUUGAUUCUAAAAGUCAAGCCUCAUCUACACCUACUACAUAUACAAGUUUGAAAAUUAAUUUGUCUAAUAAUCCAUCUCAGAGAAAUAGAACAGAUAAUAGUAAAUCUAAUACCUCUGUAGAAGACACAAUGGAGAAAACAGAUUUGACAGCAAAUAAAAUCUUUGCAAAAGUGAGCCCAGUUCAGACUAUGCCCAAAAAAGAUCCGAUACGAUUUAUCACUAAUCCAUAUGCAGCUACUGAAGGGAAAAAGAAUCAUAUAAAUGAUUCAAUGUCUAGGAGUAGUGUUUCAGGUCUAAGAACUGGACAUAAAGUUAUUCCAUCAGCAGACGGGCACCAAGCUGCAAACCAAAAUACAAACCCUCGAUAUUUAUCAAGGUCUUAUUCCGUUGACAGUGACCACAUUGAAAAGUACAUCGAUCGUAGUACAGGUACUAUAAAUAGACAACAAUACAUGCCUGAUGAACAAAUACAAAAACUGAUAGCCAAUGCCGAAAGGAGGCGUUCAGGGACAUAUGUGUCAUCUAUGACAAUACCAUUAAAUUCCACAACACAGAGAAAAACUAUUUUUUCUGUUGUAAAAACUGGUCAAUCAUCUCAUGUAAUACCAUCAGACAGACAUUUACAUCAUGAUAGAGAGGAACAUAAUAAAACAACUGAUACAAAAGGUUAUCAUUCAGUUAGAAAAAUGGACAAUGUAAACAAGGAAUCCAGCUUGUGAGCAGUGGUAUUAAAAGUCAAAUCAUAUCUUUGUAAAUUACUGAAUACGUGUAUGUUCAUUUAAAAUACAUAUUUUUUUAAUCCAUAUUUUGUUUUAUUUAUACAUUCGAUAUAUCCAUUUUACAUUUGAAAAAAUAUACAUUUAUGUUUUGUGUUUAUGUUUUAUGAUAUUGAGACUAACGAUUUUUCCAUAUAUUUGUUUUUGAUUGGGAAUUUGGGUGUAUGAUUGUUGGAGCUCUUAUUAUUUUUGUUUAUGUGGUCAACAAUAUUUAAAGUAAUCUCAAACCUUCCAGUCCCAAAGAAAAAAAAUAACUCUCAGGUAUAAGCAAGGUUGACAUAUUUUACAAUCGCUAUCCAUUUGUUAUUGUUUAUAGAUUUAUAUUAAUAGUACAACGUAUACCCUUAAUUUGAUAAGCUUGGAAUUUUUUUCUACAUAUUUCACAAUAAAGAUAUAUACUUUUUUGAUAGUCAAUCCCAUUCAUCUUUUGUGGGUAUCUUAGUACUACAACAAUCAUGCUGAGGGACACCCUUGUAGUGUUAAUUACAAAUUACAAUAGAAUAGUAUAAUAAGCAAAGGUUUUAUAAAUUUAUAAUGUGUUCGUUGCAUUUUACAAAGAUUCUGAUUAAAACACAGUUUUCCAGUAAUUUUUGUAUAUAUGUUUGAUGUGCAAUACAAGAAUCUCUGGUUUUUAUUUUUUUUUUGUAGUGUUUUGUUUCUUACUUAAAAUUUUUGACUGAAAUUUAUUGAGUGUUCUAACUUUUGAAAUCUGCUUGAUAAUAUGUUAUUGUUAUAUUAUUGAGAUAUUUUAUGUUCAGCCAUUACAGGUACAUUUUUUUUUUAUAUUUGAAGUUUUUUCAUUAAUCUCUGUAAUGUUAAUUUCACAAUUCUUGUAAAUCCAAGUCUUCCUAAACUCACUUAAUCUAAAGUUUGUCAUGUAGUAAAAACUUUACCUAUUUUGAAUAACCAUACAUAAUUUGUAAAUAGACAGUGUUUGUUUUUUAAUUGUUAUAGUUAGAAGUCUAUGAUGAUAGUUUAUGAGCUGUAUCAAGAAAACAAAGAAAACAGAUUUCAUCCUAUUUAUUUCGUAUGAAAAUAAAUACAUGUACAAGCAAAUUUAAAUUAUAAAAAGAGUUAACCCUAACAUAUAGUUCUGACUGCUAACCAUUAUAGCUAAGCUACACUGCUAACCCUAACAGCUAAGCCUGACCACUAAC